AUGGAGGAGAGCGCAGCAAUGGAGGCAAAGCUUACAGAGACACUCCUCAACAUGGCCGUUCCGCAAGACGGGUCUGAGAAUCCUGAUUCAGACGAGGAGAGUACAGAGACCAUCUUACAAGAAUACAAGCUGUGGAGGAAAAACUGUACAUACAUGUAUGCGUUUGUCUGUGAGACUGCACUAAACUGGCCGUCAUUGUCGAUCCAGAUGGUGAAGAGCGGCACUUUUAUCAACAAGACAAAGGAUUCUAAGUUUGCAGCAGUCAGAAACCUCUUGUUGACGACAUAUUCAUCUGGCGAAGAAGAGAAGGAGUAUUUAAAGAUUGGGUCUAUCCAAUUACCCAAGUCAUUGACCGAGUCCAUGAAUAUGACUGCAGAGGAGCUGGAGACAGUGGACUCACGCUUGAAAAUUAGCAAGAAGUAUGAACAAGCCGUUGAAAUCAACAAAACCAGGCUUCAUCCGGAAAACCACCUAAUAAAUGCCACUAUCAAUGCCAACGGUGAUGUCCAUGUCUAUCAUUUGGACGAGAAGAUGAGCCUCGUCAAGGACUACCCGUUGCUUCACCAUAAGAAAAAUGGAUUUGGAUUAUGUUGGGAUCCAGUUAACCACAACCGGCUAUUAUCGAGUUCAGAGGAUGGCUCGGUUGCAUUAUGGGAUUACACCGAGUCGACCUCUCCGCUCCGUGUCUUUACCGACCAUGAUGGGUAUGUCAACGAUGUACGGUUUGCCUUUGAAGAUGGAAUAUUUGGUUCUGUUGGAGAAGAUCAGAGAUUUGUCCUUCGUGAUUUAAAGAAUGACAAAGUUUUAAUAAACCAGACUUUCAAGGAAACUUCAUUUAAUUCACUCACUUUUUCUCCUUUCAACAAGCAUUUGGUUGCCUUUGGUGGUGACAAUUCGACUAUAUACAUCUACGACAUCCGUCAAAUGGAUACUUGUCUACACGUUCUAACGGGGCACAUAAAAUCAAUUACUAAUAUAGAAUGGGACCCCUUCCAUCCUCACAUCAUAGCCUCAAGUUCCUUGGACCGGAGGGUCAUUCUCUGGGACCUCACAAAGAUUGGAGAAGAACAAACAGCAGAAGAAGUGGAAGAUGGUGUGCCUGAACUUGUAAUGAUGCACGGUGGACAUACUGGAGGAGUCAAUGAUUUCUGUUUUUCUCCCGAAAUUGAAUGGUGUAUAGCCAGCUGCUCCGACGACAACAUUGUCCAUAUCUGGCAGCCUAAACGGGAUAUUGUCGAUCCAAAGGAUCUCGUAAUUGAUGACUCUCUUGUAGAAUAG